AUGGUUGCUUACAAUUAUAUGUGGAAUAUAUAUAUAAGUAUCUUCCUCUGCAUUGUUCUGUACCUUGUCCAUUCAUUUUUCUUGUAUAAUUCAUCUCUCUCUCCCUCGCCUUCUUCCAGUCUUCUCCAGAAGAAAAGAUAGAGGGGGAGAGGAAAAAAAAAGUCUGCAAUUUGGGUUCCUUUUCCUUGGUUUUGAUCUGUUUUGACAUUUGUAUUCUCUGUAAGUUUCAUAGGAUAAAUUGGAGAUUCUUCGUUUUGGGUUCGUAAAUUUUGCUCUAUUCAAUUUGGGUUUCAAGAGAUCCGAGCUUUCUUGUCAGUUUCAACGAUUUGAGAAAAAUACAGCACACGAAGUUGGUGUCUUUCUUGUAUUUGAAUUCGGUCCGGCGAUCUCUCACCGAUUUUUGCUAAUUGAGGCAGGUGUUUUUUCAAUUAUCUCCGGCGACUGGCUUAUUGUAAAUGCUGAGGUUCUGAGGUUGAGUCUCUCAACUUCGCUUCAACUUGGCCUUUCGAUUCCCACAGUUCAGUGCAUUUUUCCGACGAGUAAUCGAAGAUGAUGCGAAUGAAGACUAAACCGACAAGACUGUCAACUAUGAAUGGCGGCGCCGACGGUGGAAAAAGCCGUGGCGGCGAUAAUGGUGGUGAGUGGGAGAUGAGACCUGGAGGAAUGCUGGUUCAGAAGCGAAAUCCAGAUUCAGAUCAUUACAUUGUCCCUCCACCCACCAUUAGAGUUCGGGUCAAAUACGGGUCCAUUUACCACGAAAUCAAUAUCAGCUCUCAAUCCUCCUUUGGGGAGUUGAAGAAGAUGUUAACAGGGCCAACUGGAUUGCACCACCAAGAUCAGAAAUUGCUGUUCAAGGAUAAAGAGAGAGACUCCAAUUCAUUUCUUGACAUUGCUGGUGUGAAGGACAAAUCCAAGAUUGUGCUAGUUGAGGACCCAAUAAGCAAAGAGAAACGGUACCUUGAGAUGAGGAAGACAGCAAAGAUGGAGAAGGCUGCAAAAUCCAUAUCCGAGAUUAGCUUGGAGGUUGAUAGAUUAGCAGGGCAGGUCUCGGCGCUUGAAACUGUAAGUUCUAGAGGUGGUGGGAAAGUGGUUGAGAAUGAUGUGUUGAAUCUCACUGAGCUGUUGAUGAAUCAAUUGCUUAAAUUGGAUGGCAUUAUUGCUGAUGGAGAUGUAAAAUUGCAGAGGAAAAUGCAGGUGAAAAGAGUGCAAAAGUAUGUUGAAGCUCUGGAUAUGUUGAAGAUCAGAAACACCAUGCCAAGCAGCAAUGGAAAUGGGCAUGCCCAAUCACCAAUUCAACAGCAUCAACAAAGGUAUUCAAAUGGACAAAGGCACUCAAAUGGGGAUACCCCAUCUCCAGUUCAACAGAAGCAACAAGCAAGGCACUCGUUCGGGCAUUCGCAAGUAAAACUGCAGCAGCCACCACAAAGGCACUCGACGUCAGGGCCAGUAGUGAUAACCACACAAUGGGAGACUUUUGAUUCCGUGCCAGUGCCAUUGCCAUUGCCGGCGCCCCCUUCAACAUUUACAACCUCAUCAACCACCAAUUCAAUACAUCCUAAACUCAGUUGGGAUUUGCUUUGAGUAAGUAGUAGACCUGUGUAUCUGUUCUAUUUGUGUGGAUGUGUGUGUUUGAUUUGUUCUCAAAUCUCAGGUUGGUUUGGUACCCUAUUCCCCAUUCUUUGUUGUAUCUAUAGUUAUGUUAGCAUCCCCUUUAUAUGUCACUUCUCUUCAAAAUAAUUGGGGAUAUUACAUUAGUGAUUGAUAUUACCUGGUUUCUCUUCUCUGUCAUUGCCUUUUCCAGUUUUGAUGAUACUGUUAUAUCUGUCUCUAGAUUGUUACCUAAGAAUUGGGAACUUUAGAAACCCAUAAAUCUGAUUUGAAGAAUGUUAGAAUCCUUUUCCUUUUUCGCUGGUUAAAGCAGCAGGUCAAUUCUGCUUUUUGGGUUUUUCUCAGUUUCCAUAAAACUCUAGUGGUUCUGUAAUGAUGAGUGUGAUCUUUAUGUAAUACCUUGCUUGUUUUGGCGGGUACAAAAUGACAAAAGGAACAUGAAUGAAAAAAGAGUUUCGUACAAGUGAAAUAACUAACCCAUUCAAUGACUCAAAUGAUAGAGAGGGAUAGAUCUGUUUAAAGUGGGGUGGUGCAGAAAAUGAUGGGAGUGGAUUA